UUUCACUUAUACUAUCGUAAAACGAAACGGAAUCCCAUUGAAUAAGCAAAAACGAAGGGAAAACGAUAUCUGACUUGCCUCGGACUCCGGCGACUUGACAGCGGCGGCGGUUAGCUGCUCCAGGAUUCUUUCUCUUACUUUCCUCAUCGAAUUUCCAUCUUUGUUCCUCUAUCCGCCAUUUCUCCAAUCGAAAUGGCUCCACGCCUAAACUCUCGCGCCGCCGUGGCGGUGUUGCUGCUGGCAAUGGUAGCGUCGUUACUCCCUGCAGCCAGAGGUAUAUGGUUGUCGAUCCCUAGUUCGGGAACCAAGUGCGUCUCCGAAGAGAUCCAUAGCAACGUCGUCGUUCUAGCUGAUUAUUAUGUCAUCAACGAGGAGAAGCCGGAGCAUGUGCCGAAGGUUUCUUCCCGGGUGACAUCCCCAUAUGGGACUGAUCUACACCACCAGGAAAAUGCGACACACGGUCAGUUUGCCUUCACGACCAGCGAAGCGGGUAACUACAUGGCAUGUUUUUGGCUGGACGAACAUCAGGAACAUGUCGCAAACGUAAGUUUGGGUUUGGAAUGGAAAACUGGUAUUGCUGCAAAGGACUGGGAUUCAGUGGCGAAGAAAGAAAAGAUUGAGGGUGUUGAGCUUGACCUAAAGAGGCUAGAAGCAUCUGUAGAGUCGAUCCAUCAAAAUCUGAUCUAUCUCAAAGAAAGGGAAGCAGAGAUGAGGGAAGUGAGUGAACAGACCAACGGGAGAGUGGCUUGGUUCAGCAUCAUGGCACUUAGUGUGUGCAUUGCAGUUGCGACGUUCCAGGUGUGGUACUUGACGCGGUACUUCCAGAAGAAGAAGCUAAUCUAG